GUUUAGUACGGCCUUUCUCCCCCGAGCUGCUGGCAAGGAAAGUGGUACACAUUGAGAACACUUCAUGAUGAGUUAUGCUGAAAAGCCAGAGGAAGUAACACGGGAAGAGUGGAUGGAAAAGCUCAAUAAUGUUCACAUUCAGCGGGCAGAUAUGAAUCGACUCAUUAUGAAUUAUCUGGUGACAGAGGGAUUUAAAGAGGCUGCUGAGAAGUUCAGGAUGGAAUCGGGUAUUGAGCCAAGUGUUGAUCUUGACUCUCUGGAUGAAAGGAUAAAAAUCAGGGAGAUGGUCCUGAAAGGACAGAUUCAAGAGGCCAUUGCACUAAUCAACAGUCUGCAUCCUGAGCUGCUGGACACUAACCGUUACCUGUACUUUCAUCUUCAGCAACAACACCUGAUAGAGCUGAUUCGCCUGCGGGAAACUGAAGCCGCACUGGAGUUUGCACAGACACAGCUGGCUGAACAGGGAGAGGAAAGCCGAGAGUGUCUGACCGAGAUGGAGCGCACCCUUGCACUCCUGGCAUUCGAUAACCCAGAGGAGUCACCCUUUGGUGACCUGCUGAACAUGAUGCAGAGACAGAAGGUGUGGAGUGAGGUAAACCAGGCGGUGCUGGACUAUGAAAACAGGGAGUCAACACCGAAACUUGCCAAACUCCUCAAACUGCUGCUAUGGGCCCAGAACGAGUUGGACCAGAAGAAAGUCAAGUACCCCAAAAUGACAGAUCUUAGUAAAGGCACCAUCGAGGACCCCAAAUGAAAAUAAAUGGCAUUUCUGUGCUUGCAUUCUGUGGGGAACACUAUGGACGCUUUCCCUUUCCUUAUCUAUUUAUACUCAGUGACUGAUGCCCAGACAUACUUUUAUCAUCCAUUUGUUUUGUUUACUUGUUGCUUAUCAGAGACAUUGCAUUAUUUGGGCUGUGGAAAUGAGAUUGUUGAUAUUUAAAGGAUGACUCCUAGCCAAAAUGGAAACACUUUCACUCGCAGAGAGAUUUCUGUGAUUUUUGUUACCACAAUGUUUGCUGAGCUGAAUUUAUUGAAUUUUUUUUUUUUUUUUUUUUUUU